AUUGUCGACGUAUAUUUUCGUUUAGUGUCUUUCCGACUUUUGAGAAGUGCGUUUCGUUUUGCGACAGUUCUUGAAUCAAGUCACAGAUUUUAAUUAUACGCAUCCACACAGACAUUAGACAUCUAGUGAAUGUCCGUUGAUUCCAGGUGACGUCUAAUGAGCAGAGCUAGAAAGGAAAGAUUUGUACAGAAUAUUUCUUAAUAUUUACUACUACUGCGUAACAGAAUCGUGUCAGCCGUUCAAGAAUAACAUGGAGAAGAUCGAAGAGAAUAUCAGCGAAAUCAAAAAAGAGAACAGCAGUAACAACAAAGCACCGGAGAGUAAUCUUAAUUGGGCUGCAAUCCUGUUUUACCUGUAUCUUCAUGUGAUCGGAAUUGCCGGUUUUCAUAUUCUGCUCACAAAAGCGAAAUGGAUGACAUUAAUUUAUUUUGUAUUUCUUACCGCAACGUCAUAUAUAGGAUUAACAAUUGGUGCACAUCGUUAUUACGCCCAUCAAAGCUUUGCAGCUUCAUGGCAAUUCAGACUGUUCGUCUUUAUCGCGCAUACAAUUGCCGGCGUGGGGCCGAUAUACAAUUGGGUGUUCUAUCAUCGAGUCCAUCAUCGAUAUCACAACACCGAGUACGAUCCGUAUAAUCAUAAGAAAGGGUUUUUGUACUCGCACGUGAUUGGCAAUAUGUUUUUAGUGCCGAGUCACGUGAAAACCAAGUACGAAAUCGACAUAGACAUGCGAGACGUCGAUGAGGAUGACUACGUUUGGAUUCAAAAAAAGUUGUAUUGGAUUCUCUUUAUUAUUUUCGGACUUUUACUGCCAAUCAACAUACCGAUUGAAUUUUGGGAUGAAUCAUUGCUAAAUGCGUUUCUAAUUAUCGGUGCUGCACGACUCACAAUAACGACCCAUUUUGCGUGGUUAUUAAACAGCGCGGUGUUGGUUUGGGGCUUGACAAAAGAAGACAGAUAUCCGGUUAACGACAAUUCAGUGUUCUUCAUUUCAAAAUCGUAUUGGCUCAAUUAUCAUUAUUUGGUUUCUUGGGAUUGGAAAACUGACGAACUGGGCUGUUACGAAAACGGUUUUGCCACGUUUUUCCUCAAGAUAUUCCGGGAACUCGGAUUCGUCGAUCAAAUGAAGACCAACAGCAGCGAAGAUGUGAGAAAGAUUCUGUGGAAAAUCACAAAUAAUGAGAAAACGAUGAAAGAGGCUCUGGACGAGUUGAAGCAAAUCGCUGAGGAAACCGCACACAGAGAGAGACUUGUGUUCCAUCAUUGAAAAUUUUGUAUUUGAUGUAUUUUCAAAAACGUAUUAAUAAUAUAUUAAAAAUAUGUUUAAACAUUAGUGAAAAUUAUUGUGAAUAUCGAAGAAACACAUUUAGACGUACUCAAAUAUAAAGACGCUGUGUAUAAAAUGAAACUUAAAAUAACAUGUGAUUACACACUACAAAAAUUAUGUAAGAUUUUACAAUCGCUCAGCUUAUAAAUCACAUGGUCACUAAAAAAAACGCAAUACACCAAAUGGUCAAUAAUAAAACAAAAAAAAAAAA